AUGCUGGAUAAGAUUGUGCAGUGCGUAUCUUCUCGCAAUUGCCUCAAUAACACCAGCCGAGUCCAUCUAUUUGGCGUUGGCGUGGAGGGUGGCCAGGCAAGCCUUCCAAAUGCCAUAUGUGGACCCGUUGGCGGAUCCGACCCCGCAAGUGCUCCUACCGCUGGCGGUUCACAAGCAACAGUGAUGGCAAGCCCAGCAAAGAGGGUCAAGUUCUCAUCAGUGAUCGACCAGCUGGACGAAACAGAGACCAAUACAAUGUCCCAGAAGGAGCUGGACCAGGCGUAUGCGAAUCACAUAGAAAUCAAAGGAGCGGAGCCCCCAUCAGAGGCGGAGCCUACUUCGGAUCAGAUAGCCGCGCUCAAGCAGAGGGUGGUAGACAGAAUCUUCAGUGUGCUAACGCCCUUUGGAAGGAGGCUGCAGAAACAGAUGAAGGCCAGAUCUUGGGUUUUGCAGUCAGACGGUACGUUCAAAGGCCUCGACAUCCCGGGCCCUCCCAGCUUCGACGCAUGGGCGGCGCGCUGGAAAGUCUACAGGUCAGCCCUCUUCGUGCUCAGGUAUCCUCCAGAUGCUCCCGGGCAGAAUCCAAAACAAGUUGUGACCGCAGCUGCCUUAAAGGAAUACUCGGAUCGCAUUUCAAAACUGAUUGCGGAGUUUCCCGAGACAUGGCACUUGGUGAUGCAGUCCGAGGAUCGUUGCCGUGGAGAAAUGUUCGAGAGAUACCGGAGGCAAGCGGCAACAGGGCGACUUCCCAUGGCCAUCGAUUUCGAUGGUGCAACCCCCCUGGACUGGUUCAUGUCCCAGCAAAAGGCCGAGGAUGUCAAUGUGCCGAGCGGAUCCAAGCAGGCUUUGGCAAACGACUUGGGCAAUCCCGAGGUGCAAAACGGAGGCGGAGCCAAAAGGAGAAGAUGGCUCAGAUUAAGCGCGCUGCAAGCCCAGAGUGUGACGCAAAGGGUAGAAGUGGGACAUCCGAAGAAGUGGGGCAACAUGUAUGUCUCUAACCAAGAUGGCAAGGAGCUCUGCUUUCGUUUUUCAAAGGGCGGCCCAAACGCUUGCCGGGAGCCGUGCAAGGAUGGACGAAUCCAAGGGUGCCAAUACUGCCUGGGAAAGCACCCAAACUCACAGUAUACAUCACCCCUUGCUCAACAGGCCAAAGGAGACGGGCAGCAAGGGGCCGGGGAAGGGCAAGUGACAGGACCAAGUCGGCCUGACGCUGGGCCCGUCUCAGGUCAUGCUGGUUUCUCGAAAGCAGUGAAGGAUGUUGCUGGAGAUGUGGCCGAAGUGAUGGAACCGCUGGCCAAAGAAGCGGUCAAACGAGUGGACCGCACUCACUUGGCGUUCAUGUGCAAAUCCUUCACUCUUGCGAGAAGGACAGACAGUCACGGGGCGGUGGACAUCAUCAGGUCAGACCGGCAUCCGUUGGGAUGGGGGCAUCCGCUGGCGGAGCAGGUCAACAAGCUCGCGGAAAGGGUGGCGGCCUUGCGUCAUAUCAUCCUGGAGGCGGGGGGCUCCUUCUCUCUGGAACAUCCGUGGGAUUCGUUUGCCUGGGACCAUCCGGCUCUUCGGAAGAUCCUCAAAGUGGACGCGGUACUCCUCAACCAGUGUGCGUAUGGAGCAGAGUCAGUAAAACCCACUGCCAUUGUUUCAAAUGCCAGGUGGAUUCUCACAGUAAAGGGGAUGUGCAAGGAGGUGGCCCCGCAUUACCACCUCAAGCGCGGGCUCACUGGCAAGGUCUUCGAUCCCAAUGUCACCAAAGUUCUGGAUGCCAUGGUUUUGAGUUUUGACCCCCACGUCUGA